AUGAUGCGACGCGGUUUGUGGCAGCAGAAGCAGAGCCGUCCCUCGGCCUGCCUGCCCUGCCGCCCCAGCAAUAGACUCCCUUCGUUCCCUUUGUCCUCGUCUGCUUGCGCAUACUCUCGUGUGUCGUCGGCCCAGAUCUCCAGUUCUGCCACUUGUUCCUCGUCGAGCUCGUUUCCCAAUCUGGUUGCCUACAACAGAGCAACCAAGGCGUCCCCUUCUUUUGCUGGAAAUGCCCUCAGACCGUACUCUACCGCUGUGCUCGGGGGCUCCGCGCAUGGAUCGUGUCCUGCCGUCAGCUCUCUGAGCUCUGCGGGUCGUUCGGGUCUUGUCGCUGUACAGCGGCGCACCAUCUUGACCGGAGGCCUUCCGAGCUGGGCUACCCAGAAACCAUCCUCUGCGCCAGCAUCGACCCCAGCUCCUGCACCGACUCCCUCGUCUACGCCCGUACCAAGCAGCGACGGUCUGCUUCCCCACGAACUGGCUGCCAAGGCGAAGUUGGCCCGUCCCCAACCUAUACCGGCUGCGACCCCCGAUGAUGGGCUGCACCCACACGAACGUGCGGCCAAAGAGAAACUUGUCCGUCCUCCUCAACCGCCUCCCGCUUCCGCUGGCGACGGCCUUUUACCUCACGAACGCGCUGCAAAGGAGCGGCUUGCUGCCGCUCGUCAAGCUCAGGAACAAAACGAUCGCGGUUUGCUUAACGAGCGUGUUGCGAUGGAGAGACCACAAGCCCCGCAACGUGGGAUGCCUAAUCAGGAUGGUCAGUCUUUGCAGGGUUUGCAGGGCCGCCAGCCGUGGCAGAGGGCGAACGGUCGUCAACCGUACGAUUCUGCCACGGCACGGCAAGCUGCACAGCAAGGGAACGUUCAAGGUCAGAACGGCCAACCCGAAGGGCCCUCUGUGAUCUACUCUAAGAAGCGGCGUCGCUUUUAUCCCUUCGCGCCUGAUGAACCGGGCCAGGAUGCUCCCAGGCGUAGCGUCAAUCUCAGCGUACCUGACCAAUCCUCAGAACUCCCUCGGCAAGGUUCACCUACUCAGAGGCCAUCUCGCCCUUCUCCAGGCUUUCGCCGGCUCGAUCUCAGCCAACCCGAUCCGACCCUGGACCAGCCCCGGGAAGGUCAAUCUACUCAGAGACCGUCUAGUCCUUCUACAGGAUGGCGCCGCCUUGAUUUCAAGAGCCCGGACCAACCUUCGAAACAGACUGAGAGCUCUUCAAAGUUUGAGCCGGCACCUUCCCAGCAGCCCAACACAUCUGCGGACUCCUUCGCAGUUCUGGACGGUCUCUCUCUGAACGAGUCUUAUUCUAAACCGAAGCCUCCUGCACCCCAACGGCCACAAGUUCGGUCAGCUCCGUCAUGGUCUCAGGAGCGUACUCCUUCAUCAGCCCCGGGGGGUACUCCGAAAUGGGUUCAGGGAGCAACUCCGGCUUGGGCUAAGGGGGGCGAGCCUGGCGUGGUGCGGUUUGUGGGAGUAGAAUCCAAGGCCGACACGGAAGGCUUUUCCGAAUGGAGUCUGCUCCGGAAGCGUCAGAAGAGGAUGCCUCAUAUUGACUUUUCCAGGCCGCUGGACCCUACACAGCCCCCUCCUCUCCCUCCAAACUAUGCUACCUUGGUACAGUCCCCCGAGGAGCAGUGGAAGGUGCUGGAGGAGCGCAUAAUUGAGAGCGAAAUGCAAGCGAAUGCUGCCGCUGAUGCCGCUGCUAAGGCAUCGUCAAACGCUUGGGAUUGGGCCGAAGAUCACAUUAAAAAAUCACAACAGCAGAGAGCUGAGUCUCAAGCUGGGUCUCAAGCUGGGUCUCAAGCUGGGUCUCCAGUCAAGCAGAUCGAGGCGGAUCUGGAGGUGGGUGAGGAUAAGAUCUUGCAAAAGGUCAAGAAACAGGCUGCGGAGAUCAUGCAGCCCCGCGCGGUUUCGGAAAAGCAAAAGAAGUCCAAGUCUCAACGCAGGAGACGAGACUUCGAUGAGGACGACGACUUUGAUCCGGACGAGUACUACGCGGAGAGGGAACGGAGGAAGGCCAGGAAGGCCGAGAAAGAGAGACAGAAGAUGGCUCAGAGGCAGGCUCAGCCCACGCCCAUCUUGCUGCCAGAGUACAUCUCUGCGGCCAACCUGGCCGAGGCUCUCGGUAUCAGAACUGACGAUUUCAUCAAGCAGCUUAUGGAACUUGGCUUCGAGGAGGUCACCAAGGACAGCAUCCUCACGGGCGAGACAGCCGCUCUGGUGGCCCAGGAGUACGGCUUCGAGCCGACGGUCGAGUCGGGUGAGGACGAGGACCUCAAGCCGCGCCCACCGCCCGAGGAUCCUUCAUCACUGCCUCUGCGGCCGCCCGUCGUCACCAUCAUGGGCCACGUCGAUCACGGCAAGACAACGCUCCUGGACUACUUGCGCAAAUCGUCCAUCGUGGAGCAGGAGCAUGGCGGCAUCACCCAGCACAUCGGUGCCUUCUCCGUCAACCUGUCCUCCGGCAAGCAGAUUACUUUCUUGGAUACACCCGGUCACGCGGCAUUCCUAUCCAUGCGCCAGCGCGGCGCCAACGUAACUGAUAUCGUCAUCCUGGUCGUCGCCGCCGACGACAGCGUCAUGCCGCAAACCCUAGAGGCCAUCAAGCACGCGCGCAACGCCAACGUGCCCAUCAUCGUCGCCAUCAACAAAAUCGACAAGCCCGAAGCCAACGUCAACCGUGUCAAGGCCGACCUUGCCGCCCACGGCGUCGAGAUCGAAGACUUUGGCGGCGACGUCCAGGUCGUCUGCGUCAGCGGCAAGACCGGCCAGGGCAUGGAAGACCUCGAGGAGAACAUCUUGCUCCUUUCGGAAAUGCUCGACAUCCGCGCCGAGCGCGACGGCCCCGCCGAGGGCUGGGUCCUCGAGUCGACUAUCAAGCCCAUCGGUCGUGUCGCCACUGUCCUCAUCAAGCGUGGCACGCUCCGGAAGGGCGAUUACAUCGUCGCCGGCUUGACCCACUGUAAGGUGCGCCAGCUGCGCAACGAGAAUGGUGUCGAGGUCGAUGAGGCGCCGCCUGGUACGGCGGUCGAGGUGCUCGGCUGGAAGGACCCGCCAACGGCGGGCGACAUGGUGCUGCAGGCACCGGACGAGCAGCGCGCUAAGGCGUGCGUGAGGUAUCGUGAGGAGUUGAAGGAGCGUGCGGAGAAUGCUGCGCAGCAGGAGAAGAUGGAGCGGGAGCGGCGGAAGCGAGAGGCCGAGGAGCAGGCCGCUGCUGAGCAGGCUGGCGAGGAAGGCGCUGCUGCUGCCGAUAAUAAUGGCCAGGAGAGUAAGGAGGCUGAGCCAAUGCUCAAGCAUCUUAACUUUAUCAUCAAGGGCGACGUUCAUGGCUCGGUCGAGGCUUGCACGGCAGCGUUGCUGGAGCAGGGCAAUAACGAGAUUCGGCCGCGCGUGUUAUCGGCUGCACCGGGCCAGAUCACCGAGUCGGAUGUCGAACAUGCCGAGGUCUCGGAUGCGAUUAUUGUCAACUUCAAUAACGAAAUUCCUAGCAAGAUCAAGAGGAUGGCCUAUGAUGCGGGUGUUAAGAUCCUGGAUCACAACAUCAUCUAUCACUUGGUUGAGGAUGUUAAGGACAGGCUGGCGGAUGCCCUGCCACCGCUGGUGGUGAAGAAGGUAGUUGCCGAGGCGGAUGUGCUGCAAAUCUUCCAGAUCAAUAUUCGCGCUCGUAUCUACAAGAAUAUUGCUGGAUGUAGAGUCACGAAUGGUGUUGUUAAGAGGGGAGGCAAGGCUAGAGUUAUUCGCGACGGCGAGGUCGUUUAUGAGGGCAUCAUUGAAACGCUCAAGCAGGUCAAGAAGGACGUGACGGAGAUGAAGAAGGGCCAGGAGUGCGGUAUGUCAUUCAAGGACUGGGACGAGCUCAAGGAGGGCGACAAGAUUCAGAUGAUCGAGGAACAGCUGGAGAAGAGAAAGUUGUGA